UGCUAUUUUCGUGUGCGCAUUAGCAAAAAGUUAGGCCGUAGGAAAGCGAAAGAUGUCGGACAAAGCUCAGUAUGUGCUUCCCAACACACAGCCGAUCGUUGAGCUCGACUGUGCCACCGCCUUCAACAAUCUAACGGAGAAGGAGAAACAAUAUGCCCACUACUUCAGCAAGGCAUCCUGGACCGGUGGAUUGAUUGCGCUGGUUCAAUCAAGCCCGGAAUCGCCGCUCAUAUUUUCGCUCUUGCAUCGCAUAUUCCUGGCCGAAUCGGUGGAAGAUUUGAAGAAAUCUGCACUCGCUGCUGGCGUGUCCGAUGAUGAGUUCACCGCCUUUCUCGUGUACGCCUGCGGGUUUCUGGCGAAUGCCGGUAACUACAAGGGCAUGGGAGACAGCAAGAUCCUGCCCAAUCUCGACGAGGACAAGUUUGAGCGGAUCGUGAAGGGUUCGGCCGCGUAUGCUGCGAACAACGACCUUAUCGAUUCCCUGUGGAACCGGAGCAAGGGGCCCAUCUUUGUGCUUACCGAGCGCGUGAAAACGCUCGGGCUUUGCGAUACCGGCGUUACGACGUACUUCUCCAGCAACGUUACCCGCGAGGACACGGAGCUGAUCAGCGAGUGGAUGAAGGAACAGAAGUUCGAGGCGUACAUUUGCCGCACGUUCAAGACGGUGGACGCGGCGGGCAAAACUGUAUACGACAUAAAGCUCGCUUCGAGCGAGGAGGGCGACAAGAAAGGCUUAACGCGGACUCCCGAGGAGUACAAGGGGUGCGUUUUUAAGAUCACUCGCGGUGACUACCGCGAACUGAUCGGCAUGGUGGCCGACGAGCUGGAGCAAGCGAAGAAGCACUGCGCGAACGGCAACCAGGAGCGUAUGAUUGAGUCGUACGUGGAGAGUUUCCGGGAGGGAAGCUUGGACGCACACAAGACGGGCUCCCGGUACUGGAUCAAAGACAAGGGUCCGGUCAUUGAAACGUACAUUGGGUUCAUUGAAACGUACCGGGAUCCGGUGGGGCAGCGCGGAGAGUUCGAAGGGUUUGUGGCCAUGGUGAACAAGGAGAUGUCGGCCAAAUUUGGUGAACUGGUCGCGAAUGCGGAGAACUUUAUCAAACUACUGCCAUGGGGUGAGGAUUACGAGAAAGAUUCCUACCUCAAGCCGGACUUUACGUCGCUAGAUGUGCUCACAUUCGCCGGGUCAGGCAUUCCUUGUGGCAUCAACAUUCCCAACUAUGAUGAGAUCCGGCAGGACGAAGGUUUCAAGAAUGUGUCGCUCGGUAAUGUACUGGCCAGCACGAACAGGACCGAUGCGAUUCCGUUCCUCUCGGAGGAAGACCAAGCGCUGAUGAAGAAGUACAAAGCGACCGCAUUCGAGGUACAAGUAGGAUUGCAUGAACUGCUCGGUCACGGCAGUGGCAAGUUGCUGCGUAUCAACGAGAAGGGCGAACACAACUUCGACCUUAGCAAAUUGAAAAGUCCACUGACCGGUGACUCGGUCGACUGUUGGUACGAACCGGGCGAAACGUACGACUCCAAGUUCAAGUCGCUCGGCUCUUCGUACGAGGAGUGUCGGGCGGAAGCGGUGGGAUUGUAUCUUUGCCUGAACCGCGAUAUCCUGAAAAUCUUUGGCCACACGGACGAGCAAGAGAUUUCCAACAUCAUCUACGUUAACUGGUUGCUGUUGGUCUGGGGCGGUGUCGGGGUUGCGAUGGAACUGUACAAUCCCGCCCAGAAAGCGUGGCUCCAGGCCCACUACCAGGCUCGGUUCGUCAUCAUGAAGGUGCUGCUGGAAGCGGGCGAGGGGCUGGUGACGGUGAAGGAGACGGAAGAGGGCAAAAAUCUGCUCCUCACGUUCGAACGCAGCAAGAUUGAAACGGUCGGCAAGGAAGCGAUCCGAAUGUUUCUGCUGAAGCUGCAGUUCUACAAGUCGACUGGAAACGUGGCAGCCGCCACCAAGAUGUACGACCAGUACUCGGAGGUAUCGGAGGGUGGAUCGCACCCGUGGGCCAAAUGGCGUGAGAUUGUGCUGCUGCACAAAAAGCCACGCCUAAUCUUCCUACAGUCGAACACGACCGUUGAACCGAAAACGGGCAACGUGGAGUUGAAGACGUACGAGGCCAACUUUGCGGGCUACAUUCGUUCGUGGGUCGAUCGCUUCCCGAACGCAACCAUCGAUGAUGUGCUGGAACGGAUUCACGAAUCCGACAAACAUUACUUCGAAGGAUUGUACUAAUGAGACAUGAGUCUGGUGGCACUGCACUCCGAUAUUGCCGUUGCAGGUUAAGCGUAUUCUUUGAGUUAAUAAACGAUUAUUUGC